AUGGAUGAAGGAAAAUUUCAACUAACUCAUCAAAUGCAAAAGCUCACCUUCAAUCGCGAGACUACUGUCACUCCAUGUCUCGAUUUUUCUGGAUCAGUUAAUGGGUUUGCUUUUAUUGACUAUCAUCCCAUUAUCGUGGGCACUGUUCCACAAAAUAUUUCAUUGGAUGUUAUCGGUUCGGUGAUCGCAAUUGGUGAAAUUGAUGCUCGAAAUAAAGACAGAAAGAGGCAUAAGAUGAGACUACAGAGCCAAGAUGUCAAUGGUUCUCAAUUGGAUGUUAACCUAUGGGGAGAUUAUUGUUACACGUUGUCGGAUUACAUCCAAAAGAAUCCAAACAUUCUCCGCAUCGUCAUAAUCCCUCAAUUUGCAAAAAUUAAUGUCCGGCAAUGUCGGCGAUAUGUUAAUACAUAUUAUGAUAUAUCAAAGUUCAUCAUCAAUAGUGACAUUGAUGAGAUAAAAGUUUUCAAAAAAAGUUUGAAUCAAGAUGGUCCCCAUGAAAACUCAUCCAAUACUUUCUCCUAUAUGAAAUCUAAUCGAAGUUCUGAAAAGGAUGAUUUUGUGCUUAAUCAUGACCUGAAAACAAUCGCUGAUAUUUUCGAACCGAUUGAGCACACACCUUGGCAUUACCCGGCAUGUACAAAUUGCAAUACAAAGGCGGUUCCAAAAAAUUCUUCCGAUGAACCCAGUGUCACCGGAUCAUUCAAACAUGCAACAUAUGAAUGUCGAAAUCCAAAAUGCACAAAAACUGAAACAUUGACAGUUCCGAGGUUCAUGAUUCCGGUAAGAGUUCAAGAUCAUACUGGAAGUAUGACUUUAACGAUGUUUGAACAAGAUGCGAAAAAGCUUCUAAAAAUUUCGGCAAAAGAUUUAGUUGCAAAAACAGCUAAGCUUGGUUUUUGUACUAACGUAUACCCGUCCGAUAUUAAUGUAUUGAAAGAUAUGAAAUUGGCUUUCAUAGUUUCUGUUUCAAAAUACAAUGUGCAAAGGAGCACCAAUCAAUAUACUAUUUCCAGGAUUAGUGAUGAUGAGAUUUUGAUUGAGGAGUUGGAAAAAAAGUUUGUCGUUGCAGAGGGAGGUAAUUCACAAUCGUUUGAACAUGGUACCACUGAUUGUGAAUCUCAAGAUAACAUAUUUAUAAAGGAUGUCAUAUCUCAUACUGAUGAUAAUGUAACACCAAUGAAUGUUUUCUAA